AUGGUGCAAAAUAUUUGUCACCAUAAUACCAACCUGAAGGAUUAUGAGAUGAGGGGUGGCAUCAUUUCGCCUCCAGAUCGUUCUGUACCUCUAGGGUUAUCCAUCUAUACGAGUUCAAAAUGGUCGAGCUUUCUGCACACAUCCUAUUUCAUUCGCUGCCAGAAAGUAGGCAUGGAUAGUCAUGACGAAGUGGUUCAACAUGGCGAUGAUGACGAUACCAACAUAGAUCAAGAGGAGGAUACCUCCGAUAGCUACGGUAGUAGUAGUAGUGAUACGGAUGAUGAAGAAGAAGGAGCUUUAGCUCAACGUGUGGAUCAUUUACUAAGUUAUCUCCACAAGAAUGAAUUCCAUUACGAUUCCUACGUUGAACUCAUCAAUUUAUUAAGACAGCAAGGUGAUCUUGUACGAUUACGAUCAAUCCGCAAGAAAAUGAAUCAACUAUUUCCACUUACUGAAGAUUUAUGGAUGCAAUGGGUCUCCGAUGAAGCAAAUAUCGCGCAAACAGAAGAAGAAAAAGCCGGUCUUGUCGAAUUACUUGACAAAUCUAUAAUUGAUUACCUCUCUGUUGGAUUGUGGCAAAAGUACGCGUCAUAUUGUAUAACGGAAAAAGUAGGCAAUCAUAAUGAUAUCAGAAAUAUUUAUGAACGAGCUCUUACUUCCGUUGGACUCCACUUAACUAAGGGUUGUUAUAUUUGGGAUGAUUACCGAGAAUAUGAAAUUAAUAUCUUAAAUUCGAUGACUGAAACUGAUGACUUGACCUCUAUUGCGAAAGAAUCACUUGAUCAGAAAGAUAGGAUUACUACCCUGUACAAAAGACAAUUAGCAGUUCCUCUAUUAGGUAUGCAGGGUACUUGGCGGGAUUUCGAAAGUUGGAUGGGCAAAGACUCCAUAGAUGAAUAUACCAAACAAUUAUAUGAGCAAGCUGUAGAGAAACUUGACCAACGAAUGCAAUAUGAAGAUUCUUUGCUAUCGGUUGAAUCAACAUUAGACGGAUAUAAAAAUUACAUAGAAUUUGAAAAAACAACCAACGAGCCUGCUAGAAUUCAAUGUCUCUACGAAAGAAGCUUACGAAAUCAUUGCCUUUCUCCAGAACUGUGGCAGAGCUACACGCAAUAUUUGGAUACGAAGUUGAAAGUGUGGAGUAUUGCGGUACAAGUCUACGAAAGAGCUAUCAGAAAUUGCCCAUGGGUAGCAGCUUUAUGGCAUGGAUACCUGAGAGCACAAGAGCGUGCAGGUGGACCUAUCGAAAAAAUGCGAGAUACGGUAACCACAGCUCUUAACUGCAAUCUCGGUAGUAUGGAAAAUGAUUUAUCGUUAUGGCUUAUAUAUAUUGAUCGUUUGCGAAGAAAUAUCAAACCUGGUGGAGAAGACAGUGAGGAAAUAACGCUUUUAAGAGAUACUUUUCAGGCUGCAUUGAACCAUAUAUAUAAUAGAUACGAAACUGUAGAGUCUAUUGAUUAUUUACAAAAAUAUUGGGCUAAAAUUGAGGCUCGACAUUUCAAUAAUAUUGAAAAAUGUCGUCAAUUACGUGAAGAAUUAUUAAAUAUUGGUCAUAAAAGACAAGCGUCAUACUGGAUUGAAUACAUUGAACUCGAAAGGGCAUACGGUGAUAUUCAAAACUGUCAAAAAUUAUUCUCCCGUGCAAUCCGAGCAGUUAAUGACGACCCUGAAGGAAUAUGCCAAGCUUGGCUUGAUUUUGAAAGAGAAGAAGGACAAUUGUCAGAUUGGGACAUUGCGAAUGCAAAGUGCCAAGAUCAACUUCAAGUAAUAUCUCAAAAGCGAGCUAAGGCUGUCGAAAAGGAGGCAGAAGAAAAGAAGAAAAGAAAGGAAGAAAAAGAAAGGUCUAAAAUGCAAGAUCGAAUCAAUCGAAAGUUGGCUCAGACGGUUGCAGAAAGAAAUCAAAUAGAUGCAGAUGCUCCCUCUAGAGAGAAACGAAAAUUUGAUUUCGAUAGUCGUAAGGAAUCAGGAAUUACGAAAAAAAGUAGAACUGAUGGCAGUCUAAAUAACCCGAGUAGAGAAAGGGAAAGGUACAACGAGAAAACCUCUGUAUUUAUUAGUAAUGUUCCCUUCAGUGCAGUGGAAGACGACAUUAGAAGUUUUUUUUCAACGUGUGGCAACGUGAAAGAUGUUCGCCUAGUACGAGCACCUAACGGAAAAUUUAAAGGUUACGGUUACGUAGAGUUUGAAGAUGAGUUGGUGACACAAGAAGCUUUGAAACUUGAUAGGAAUACUAUAGCUGGCCGACCUGUGUAUGUUUCUGAAAAUGUAGACAAAUCGAAGCACCCUACUGAAUUUAAGUUUGGAUCUGGAAUGGAUCGAUGUACACUAUUUGUUAAAAAUACUAAAGAUAUCUCAUCUGAUAGACUUCGAGAGGUAUUCAAUCAGUUUGAAGGUUUACGAGACAUUAGAUGUGUUGCUAGAAAAUCGGGAAGGUCAAGAGGUUUCGCUUAUAUCGAAUUUUCCAAUGAGGCUUCAGCAGCUAACGCAGUCAAGACGUUAGAUAACACUGAAAUUGAUGGUGUAACGAUAUCGGUAGCAAUAUCAAAUCCUGAUGCUAAGGAAACAUCAGAAUUUGAGAAGAAUCGCAAGCCUGAAAUUAGAGAACGUAACGAGAGCAAAAAUCGAUCGACUUCGGACGUGCCUACAGUUACUAGUCGUGGACGUGGUCGAACUGGCCUGUCUUUUAUGGUCCCAAGAUCAGUAAAAAAGAAUGAUAGUACUACUUCUGAAUCCAGUAAUAAUUCUAGCAGCAAACUGAGCAAUGAUGACUUUCGUAAAAUGUUAACGAAAUAG